UGUCAAGCCAACACACCCUCGACGCCGUAACAUACCCCCCAAGGUCGGCUCGGCGGAGAAAGGCACGCAUCCUUACUUCUUUCCAUCAGAAGAACAAGGAGAGAGAGAGAGAGCGGUGGAUCGUCAUCACGACUUUCUGAAACGUUCGAAGGAACAAUUGAUCCAAAGGACGUUCGGCCGAGUCCGAUAACCCGCCGCCUCCCUCCCUCGCUCGCGAUCAAUCCACAUCACAUCAAGUAUCAAGCAUCAUCAACACUUUGAUCAGAUCAGUCGUCGUCGGUCGUCGUCGUUUCUUCCCCUAUCCCGGCGGCAGGUCGUCUCGAUAUAUAGAGUGCGAGUGGGCAAUCGGCAGUCAAUCGAUCCUGCACGGCACGGCACAUCAACUCGAGGGUCAACAAUCGCCUCUCGCAGUCGACAACGAUGAGCUAUCCUACCCAUCUCAGCGCGGAUCGGGACAGACCCGCCCAUUCGAGGCUGACCUCGUCCGCCUACUUGCUCGGAUCACAACACGCCCGUCGAGGUUCAGACGUCUCGUACCACUCUAGCUUGGGGAUCGGUCGACCAGGAGGUGGGGAUGCGAAAUCUCUAGCGGACGCGGCGGAUGGGAUGGCGGGCAUUCGUGGAGAUGACGAGGGCGAACCGUUGGUCGGGCAGGAGGCUAUGAGAUUAGGGACUAGUUUCUUCCUGUUUGGGAUGCUGAUAGCCAUGCAAUUCAGCGUGGUCACCGCGGCUGCCGGAGAUCUCGUGGGCGACAAGGCACCCAAGUCCGCCGUCCUGACCGCCUACACUCUCCCCUCAGUUAUGGUCCGCCUCCUCGUCCCCUUUGCAUCUUUUCCCCCUCUGAAACCGACUCUGCGUCGGAUCCCGCUCGUCCGCAAGUUGGUCCCCAAACGGAAAGCCAGGAGCGUGAUCAAACAGGGUAAAGAGAUCGAAGAGGAGGAAGUCAACUAUCCGUGGAGGAUCGGGGUCUGCUCGGUAUGCUCGUUUCUCGGGUUGAACCUCCUGGCGUGGAGCGGGAACCUCUUUGUCAGGCUGGUCGGGAUCGCGCUCGCUAGUUGCAGCUCGAACUUGGGCGAUCUCACUUUCUACCAAAUGUCGACACGAUUCAAGGAUAAUAUCACUCAAUCCGUGGGUCUGUACACCUCGGGAGGAGGUGCAGCUGGUCUUGCAGGUGCAUUGACGUACACCGUCCUGACUCAACUGGGAGCCUCGCCGUCGGCUGUCAUCUCCGGGACGGGUCUCGUCCCCCUGGUCAUCCUGACGAUUUACAACUUUUGGCUACCCGGUUUCCCCAAGCUGCCGCAGAAGGAGGAGAAGAAGCCGGGUGCGAGGAAGGAGGGCAUGAUCAAGGACUUGGGAACAAGGGCGAAACUGAGCAUCGCUCGACCGAUCGUAGCCAAGUACAUGUUGCCGCUCUGUACCAUCUUUUUGGUCGAACUCAUCAACGUGCAGGGCGUCUUGGCGACCGUCAUCUUUUACCUGCCGUUCGCCGAUAACCAAUACGCACGACCUUCACUCCUGAACGACCUCUUCCCCGCUCGUCGAUCGUUCUAUCCGGUCUAUCAGACCCUAUAUCAGUUCGCAGCCUUUAUCGGUCGAUCGACCAUCACCGUCGUACGCCUACCCGGCGGCAAGCGUCAAGACCCUACGGCGCUGUGGGCCCUGGUCGGCGUCGAGGUCGUUAUCCUACUCGCUCAGCUGAGGGAGAGUCUGAGUAUGAAUGGGCCGGACGACUCGAAUACGCUCUAUGGUCCUUGGAUGGUCCUUACCCUGGUCAUCGCAAUGGGUAUCUGCGGAGGUGCCGAACUCGGUAACACCUACUACCGGAUGGGCCGACACGCUCUGCCCGAUCCCGUCUUUACGGCGCUCGCCAAGGCCAGGAAACGCAAGAGGAUCGAAGACUCCGCACGAGAGGCCCUUCUUGAUUUCAGCGACGACGAGGACGAGAUUGCCGCUGACGAGCGAGAGGGUGAAGAGGAACAAGAGAUCCUAGAAGAAGUCGAACGCGGUCGAGGUCUCCCGCGUCCGACCCGAUUGACCAGGAAUCCGUCCGUCAUGAGUCUCCAGAUCCGAGAGGAACGUCGGGCGGAAGAUGAGGCGGCGUUGAAGGAGUUUCUAGUAUCCACGAUAGGAAGCGCCGAUACACUCGCCAUCUUGCUCGCUUCCAUCGUGGCGAUGUUUGUCGAGCCCAAGUUGUGCGGUCGACAAAACGAUACUGGCAGGUACAUGUGCGGUAGCACGGCAUGAGACGCCUUUGCCAAGAACAGGAUAGGAUAAGACAGGAGGUUGGCACACUAUUUUCGCUUCGUGUAGCAACAUUUCAGGCUGUAUCUGGUUUCUCUCUAUGACUCUUGCAUGUUUUCGAUUCCGUAUAUAAUCAUGACUCGGGCAUCUACGUUGCUAGCAU